UUCUUAAGUGUAUUGACAUCUGUGAUGUCCAUGUGGGUCUAUUUCAUACUCGUCAGCUAGGUCUGAAACGAUUACAUAACGUUCAAAACAGUGAUUCAUUAACCAUGCCAUGGCUGGUAGACACAAACUCUUGGGAAUGAUGUUCAUCAAUAUAUAUAGGAUAAACAAUUUUAUUACAUUCAAUCAAAUCUAUGUAAACAGCAUUAGUGAACACAUUAAAUGUGGCAACAUCUCAAUAAAGUACUUGAUUUUUGCUCUUCUUCAUUAUCUUGUAGUGACUCACAUUUACCACGAGAACACGACUGGUUUAAUAAAAACAAUUAUUCUUAUAACCAACUGUACCAGUGUUUGUUUUAAUGUGCUUUUGUUUGACUGUGAUAAUGGCAGCUAUUUUGUGCUUCCAUUAUUAUUCACACACUUUGAUCGUGACUUCUCGCGAAUUCGGUUACGUUCUGUAACCAAGCUUGUAUCCUGGCACGAUCUCUGUAUCGUUUCGAUACCACGAGAUCGCCAGUAAAUAUAUCUCGAUUUGGUCCAUUACCUGCCUUCCAAUAUUUGGCUUCUCGGAGAUUUUAUGGAUUUAUUUGGUCACGUUCAACCUACGCCUUCUGAUCUACUUGGAACGUCUUUCUCUGUAACGGUGUUCAUAGUUAAUCUCAACUCGACGCCACGCUACAAUCUAAUGAGCAGGUCCCCCACAAAUAGAUUGGUCUCAAUGGUUGGUCUGUACACAUAUAUGUAACUGUAACAAAAUAAAAUGUUUCAACUAGAGAAAUUUAAAAUUACUUUUUUUGAAGAACAGGGAGAAAGGGAAUUCAGUAUUGACAAAAUAGGUUCAACAUUGUCUUGUGAAAUUUCCGCCAACCUUAACAGUUGCAAAAUUCGAUAAGCGUACAGGAGUGCAGGAAAUAUUUGAUAUUCAACAAAAAUUUCAAUAGAGCACAACACGAAUAUGUAUAUGCAAAAAUCAAAACGGGAUUUUGAUAUAGGUGGAAAAACAUUUUCAUCGCAUUUGCGAGAAUUUCAUUUGUCCGACUUUUCAGACCGAGAGUUGUGGGUAGUAUCCCUCAAUAACAUGGCGAGUAAGAGCAGGUGUAAAUCGUCAAGUACAAAUCUCCAUAUAAGUAAGAGAAAGCACGCCCCAUUGAAAAAUAUCAAUCCGUUCAAAAGUUAUGAAAGAAAAUGUGGCCCGGAAACAUCCUAUAGAAAGUCCGCGCGUCAAAAUCAUACAGAAAUGCCCGAGAUAGCCAAUUUUGUCAACACACUUUUCACCAUAACUUUUGAACAGCUCAACCGAUUUCGCUCAUUCACUUUGUGUGGGAUUUCUCUUGCAAAUAUCUUUUUGAUAACUUACAACACAUUAUCAGAUGUAUUAGUCAAAUGCAAGAUGUAUCAAUGGAAUCGGUUAACCAGCAAACCAACUUUACGUAUGAGCAGUGAGCAAACUUGCCAAAGUAUUCAUGCUGGAGCAUUCUCAGUAUCAAUGGUGAACCUGCAGUGUGAUAUGAGACGUUCAGCUGGUAGUAAACGAAGUAGCCCAGUCUGAAGCGUCAGGGAUUGAAGCAAGCUUAACAUUGAAAUGCCGGAAUUCUGCUACCAGUUUGUAAUAUAUGUUUGUUGUUUCGACCAUGAAAGGAAGCCAAAGGGUGAUGAUCUGGGAGUAAAUAUACAAUUAACUUUUAUUAGGCUGAAUUUUUUACAGAUCAUGUUUCACCACUCGCAAAUUUUUGUUUUUUUGUACGGUAUGAUGUCAACUGGUACCUAAUAUGUUUACCCUUACGAUGAAAAGUACCUGCAAAUUUUCACCUUCAUAUUCGAAUUAUUUCUGGGCAACUGUCUUCCAGUUUGAGUGCUGCAUACUCCCUGAGAAACUCUAUUUCUACAACAUUCGUAGUUCCAGAAUAAUUUUCUCACGCACUAUUAUCCGUAUUCUCUAUUUCAGUUAAUCAGUGAAGACAUGUACCACGUGCAUCUG